UGUAUUUGUAUGUAAAAAAGACUUUAGAUGAGACUGAUUGCUGCAUGGAAACUAAUUCGGUUACACUUCGAAGAGAUUUGAAUAAUCUUGAUUCGAGGGAAUUUAUUCAAUGCACAAGUAAUGUGUACACUAAUAUAUUAACUGUUGUUCAUGAAGGGACUAUAAUUUUCUUGCCAAACGUUCAAUGAAAAAACACUAACAUCAAGCAUGCUUAUCAAAGAAUAUCGCAUCCCGUUGCCUAUGAGCGUCGAAGAAUAUAGAAUUGCUCAAUUGUAUAUGAUUCAGAAAAAGAGCCGUGUUGACAGUACAGGUGAGGGUAGUGGCGUUGAAAUUAUUGAGAACUGUCCUUAUAACGAUGGUCCUGGUGGCUCUGGUCAAUACACAAAGAAAAUUUACCAUAUUGGCAACCAUAUUCCUGGUUGGUUGAAAGCAAUUGUGCCUAAAAGUGCUUUACAAGUUAUUGAGGAAGCAUGGAAUGCUUAUCCAUACACAAAAAUGAAGACGACAUGUCCGUUUGUGGAGAAAUUUUAUGUCGAAGUUGAAACAAAGUAUCUACCAGAUAAUGGUUCUACAGAAAAUGUAUUCAAGCUAACGCCAGCAAAACUUCGAAAUCAAACUGUAGACCUUAUUGAUCCUGUUAAAGAUCCCAUACCAAGUAGUCUUUAUAAAGAGGAAGAAGAUCCUUUAUUGUACGUAUCUAAAAAGACUGGAAGAGGUCCACUGACUCGCAACUGGUUGAAUCAACCGCAAAAAUCUGUAAUGUGUGCGUAUAAGAAGAUUUCUGUUGAGUUUAAAUACUGGGGAAUGCAGAACAAAAUUGAACAAUUCAUACACGAUGGCCUACGACGACCGAUGCAAAUGGGUCAUCGACAAGCGUGGGUUUGGCAGGACGAGUGGUAUGGCUUGACAAUUGAGGAUAUCAGGAAGCUUGAGGAGGAAACUCAAAGAAUGUUAGCAAAGAAGAUGGGCAAGAUUGUAGAAUGCAGCAUGAGUCUAACUCAUGAUGAUGAAUCGAGUCUGAAGAGACGCCAAGAAACACCUCGAUUCAAUGCCGAACGAAAGGGUUCCGCCAUUGAGCUGUUGUCGCAAGAAUCUGUCGAGAUCAGCAGUGCUCUGAAUAACAAUACAGAAGAAACAAUAAAAUGGAAGAUAGGCAAUGACAGCAGCAGUGAUGACGAAUUCUUCGAUGCUGAAGAGAUUUUGAACAGCGACUCUUCCAUUGACGAAGAAGAUAUGACAUCAUAUCUGUCAGUUCAUAAAAAUAUCGAUCGCCUUUCUCAUUCUGGGGAAAGCGUCGAAUCAUCAGAUUUGGAUUCGGACACGUCUCACGAAACGAGCGACAACCAUCUUACCAAGAGUCCACUUGCAAAGACAUGUAGCUCAAACAGUUCUGCAUCAACGAGGUCUUCAACGACAAGCCACGUGAAGAUACUCAUGUUGAUCAUUCACGGGGGAAAUGCCCUUGACACGACACUUGACAUGAAGUCCAAGGAAAAUGAUUGCGACAGACUAAAGCGAGAGUUUCAAAAUGUUAUGCAGAAUCAUUAUAAAGAAGGAAUGGAGCGAGUUAAAUUCAGAUUGGUAGAAUGCCCAGACAUGUUGAAGAAUAUUUUGCCAGCGUUGAAAGACAUCACGCCGCAGACAGCUGAAGAUUAUCAGCAAGAGAGCCAAAUUCCUCUCGUGUGUAGCAAUUUCUCAAUGUCUUCAAUGUCUAUCCUGGCAGUGUGCUCGAGUUCUUUCCCCGAGAUGGUUGAGUCAACCAUUACACGAGCCAACGAAGUAUAUCGAGAGUUUAUCAACUCUGAAGAAGGAGCAGGAUUUGCUGGAGAGGUAUGUAUUGUUGGUGACUGUAUGGGAGCUUUGAUUGCUUACGAAGCAAUGUGCCAGAAUCAAUGGAGUGUAAGUAGUUUCGACACAAAUCCUUCAAUGCCCACGAGUCCACUUACAGAUAUGGAGCGAGCAAGUGGGAACAACACGAUCGCCAUGAAGAAUUCAAGACUUAGCUCCAGUGAUUUUGAUAUACGUGGUAGUCAGAGAGAUCUUCCUAAACACGUGUUAAGCACAGAGGAGAGGAGAAGCGUGUCUGUUGAAGAUAGCUUGGAUUGUGUCUCUGACGUCUGUUCGUAUAAAACAAAAAAAUUUGAGUUUGAUGUCGCCAAAUUUUUUGCAUUUGGUUCUCCUAUUGGUUUAGUGCUACUUCACAGGAAAGUGUCGUCGUCCUUUGGUAGAAACUCGGGACCGCCCAUUAGGCCAGCCUGCAACCAGGUUUACAAUUUAUUCCAUCCAUUUGAGCCUUUGGCCGCCCGCAUCGAGCCGCUUAUUCUUUCUCAGUUCUCUCAGAUUUCUUCCGUAAGAGUACCUCGUUAUCAGAAAUUUCCACGCGGGGACGGUGUGAGCAAUGACGUAAUGGCCGUGAUCAGCGGUCGUCCGCAGUUAUUUCAUGAAAAAAUGAUGAAAAGCAGUAAAAUGAAAGUACAAAGAACAUGUAGUAACCUGAGUUCAUGCAGUACGAUGUCCUUAGACCAAUUAGACUUUUCUGUUUCGGAUGAUGUUAAAGAAGGUUUAUGUAACUGGUGGGGGAUUGACAGAGUCGACUAUGCUCUGCAUAGUCCUAAAAGUCUUCAACAACUACCGCUGUCUGUUCUGUGUCCACUGUCUCAUAUCAGCUAUUGGGAAUCGAAGGAUGUGGUUGCUUUCAUGAUUCGUCAGAUCUUCAAUCUCAACGACUCUCAGCCUUCAGAUUCGACGAACAAACCUUUAUACAGAAGAUUGUCUUCGUUUCACAUCGCAGAACCACGAGAAAAAUGGCUGAAAAAGAGAACGGCGUAUAAAAUAAAGAACUUGGCACCAAAUCACCGCGCGAACGAUGCAAUCGUUCUAAAGGACUCGCUGCAAAUUGUUACAGCUCGUUUUGCCUACGGCCCAUUAGAUGUAGCCACGUUGACUGGAGAAAAAGUUGAUAUGUACGUGAUGAGUUUACCCGGAGAUUGGAAUCUUACAGAUUCAGUUAUUACCGGAAGCGGUGGUCGUGCCAGUUUUACCAUGCCGGAUGAAAAUAAACUGGACGUCGGAAUUUAUCCUAUAAAAAUGGUUGUCAGAGGUGAUCAUACUACAGUUGAUUGUAAUCUAGCCGUGUUGUCACCGUCAACGGAGGCUGUCGUCUUUAGUAUUGAUGGAGCAUUCUCAGCAAGCGUCUCUCUACGAGGUAGACAUCCCAAGGUUCAACCUGGUGCUGUCGAUGUUGUACGUCACUGGCAAGAACAUGGUUAUCUCAUAAUAUACGUGACGAGCAGACCAGAUUUUCAAAAAAACCACGUGAUGUCAUGGAUGUCCGAGCACAACUUCCCUUUUGGCUUAGUUUCCUUCUGCGGCAGUUUAUCCACCGUGGACAUUCAAAGACACAAAACGGAGUAUCUAAAGACGCUUACGACUAACUUAAAGAUCAAAAUCCACGCGGCCUAUGGAUCUAGCAAAGAUGUUGCGGUAUAUUCUGGUCUUGGUAUGGAAGCCAAUACCAUCUUUGUUAUUGGAAGCAAAAGCAGAAAAAAUGAAAAGCAAGCGACGUAUUUACGCGACGGUUAUUCAACACACCUUGAAACACUUGUUCAGAAUCCCCUAUCAAGACCUGCCAUUGGUAAUUUGAUGGUUUCUGUUCACCAUGGACAUUUCGGUUUGUCGAAAAAGCGUAAACAAACGUCGAAGAAAAACGCCAGUAAACCAGAAUAGUAAUUUUAUCAAGUAUUUUUCACGAGUCGACAAAAUAUUAGAUUCUGGCAGUGACUUGUGUAGUCAUUCAAAUUUCCCACUAAAUCUGAACUCAAUAUGUAACUGGAUGUACCCGUAUAACUUAUAUCUUUUUUGGUAAAUAAUUUAUUCAUUAGAUGUAGAUUUUAAGUGUGGUAUGUCCAUCUUCAGGUGCUGGUGAUUGUUGUGUGGCAUUAGUAGAAGAAGUAAUAUUUCUUCACCAAUGUUUUUCAAAAGAUGCCGUACUCUUAACGACUUUCGUACUAUGCAAUUAUUUAAUUGAAUCUUGACGAUGAAUCGAACAAAAAAAAGGAAUUAUUUAUUUCUAUGCUCCAAGCUGUGCUUUGAAAUUGAAAUUUGUUGUAAAAUAUUAUGGAAUUUAUCAAUGGUAAUAUUUAAGUUUAAUUAAACUGUCCAAUGUUUA